GUCUCAACAGAGACAAUGGAAUGGAUGAUGUCCCUGCAUACGAACUUGUGUUCCUGAAUGAACUCCACGACAGGCUAAAACUACUCAACCCAUGGUACACUACCAGUGCUGGCCUCUUCAGGGUCCUUGGCCGUUUAUCCACAUAUGAUUUAGAUAAUCAAGUCGUUAUAGUUGAGUCUUGCUUCCAUCAUCAGCAUACUCCACUGAGAACAACUGAAGCAGCAAUGAUAACAACGACAGUAGAGGCCAAUGGAAACAGACCGAAAACGCCCUUCGGACUCGGAUCAAGCACUGAGGACCCAGUUCAGCCAAUCAAAAGUUGCACGAUUGACCUGACCUUAGGUGACGAAGAAGAAGGGAAAGAGGGAGGUGACGGAAGCGAAGAUUCAGAGUCAACGGCGGUAAAUAAUAGUGGAUACAUCGAUCUGACGUGUACCACAGAUGACGAAUCUUGUAAUGGGGAUGAGAACGACAGUAACAGCGAUGCACUGACGUCAUUUAUUGCCGUGUCUCAAGUAUGUGAGAACAAAGAGAAGGGGGCCGGGAAGCGGAAGCUACUGUCAUCAUCUGUAUUUCCUUCGUUAACAGGAUCACCGCCUCAGCCAAGAAGACGCUGCUCUGAACAACAGAAAAUGAGAGCACCUAAGGUUGCUCUUUGGGUCAGCACAGAGUUGUUAUCACCAGGGCAAUGGCGAUUUGAGCCGGGAGUGAUCUUUCAAUUUAUUGGAGAGAUUGAGUACAGGUCAGGGCAUUGGGUCUUGGUUGCAAGGGCCUGUCGUAAUAUGGAAGGGCUAGAUUUGUACACCUACAGAGAGUCUAUCCUCUUGACUAGGAAGCUCAUGCAACGAAUGGCGCGUAGAGGAAGUGACUCUGAUCAUGAGUAUCAAUGCAGAUAUGCAGCUCAUCAUUAGAAUUUUGUAUUAUCAUUG